GAGGAGCCCGGGCCUGAGAAGGGCGGGCUCUGCGGCGGGCGAGGGGACCCCGGGCUUUCAACUCCUCCCCGGGUAGUGAGCCCCCUCCCGUCUCCGGCCCUGACCCGGCUCUGACCCUGCCGCUUCCAGCCCAACCCCAGCCUCUGGCGAAGCCUCCCGAAUCUCGUAACCUACCCCAGCACCCAAGCACCCAGCCUCGAUCCCGACAGCUCCCCUCCCCUCCCAGUCUGAGCUCUCUCUCGGCGUCCUCCCCGCCGGCUCCCGCCCGCCCUCCGGCCCCUCUCCUUACUGCUUGCUGAACCUCAGGAGAAGUCAGGAAUAGUCUCAGCAUGUCAGAACAUUACGAUCCGAUAGACUGAACUACACAGGAAACACAAGUAACUUGUAAACACGAGAGAGCAAUUAAUUUCCAAAGAUAACCAAGUCACUGCAAAGGAGACAGAAAGAUCACAAACAUUUAAAAGUCGCAGUACUCAGUCCCGGGACGUUGACUAAACAGGCACUUCACAUCCGCGGUCCCAGUGUAUAAGGUGCAGCGUUUCUGGACAGCAGAUUGAUAGAAUGCAGCAAAUAUUCAGUCUCCUGGGCUGGGUUGAUAGUUUGUUUUCUGAAAGCCAAUUGAAAGGAGCUCUAGAACCCAAUAAAAGGCAAGAUAUUUACCAAAGAUGUAUUCAGUUAAAACAGGCAAUAGAUGAAAAUAAAAGCACUCUUCAGAAAUUAAAGAAGGCUGAUGAAGCUGCACCUGUCGGGAACUACGAUCAGAGGAAAGAAGAGGAGCAGGCCCUCCUGGACAAGCUUACCCACCAACUGCAAGAACUCACUGUGGACAUAAGUAAAGAAAAUAUGACUAAGACAGGUGCACCUACUGAAAAAGAGGAAGAUAGUGAUUCUACUAAAGAACAAGAUGAUGAUGGCGAUGACGAUGACGACGACGACGAAGAAGAAGAAAACAGUGAAGAAAGUGCUGGAGAGGAAGAAGAAUCUGAAGAGGAGGAAGAGCAACAGGAAGAUGAAUCUCUCAAACAAGCAGCAAAUAAAGAAUACAUUGCUCUUGGAGAUUUUACUGCUCAGGAAGCUGGGGAUCUUACAUUUAAGAAAGGGGAAAUUCUCCUUAUAAUUGAAAAAAAGCCUGAUGGUUGGUGGAUAGCUAAGAAUGCCAAAGGAAAUGAAGGUCUUAUUCCCAAAACCUACGUGGAGCCCUAUAAUAAAGAAAAAGAAGACCAAGAAUCAAGUGAAGAAGACAGUGAAGAAGAUGUGGAUGUGGGAGAUGAAGCAGCAGACAGAAGUGAAGUGAAGCAAAGAACUGAUUCCCGUUGGAAUGCUGUUCGAAAAGCUAUCUCAGAGCAGAUAAACACUGUCGACGUGCUGACCACAAUGGGGGCCAUUCCUGCGGGCUUCCGGCCCUCCACGCUCUCCCAGCUGCUGGAGGAAGGGAAUCAAUUUCGAGCAAGUUACUUCCUACAGCCAGAGCUCACGGCAUCGCAGCUGGCCUUCCGAGACCUAGUGUGGGAUGCCAAGUCGAGCACUAUCAGGUCAAGACCCAGCCAUGUUUCAUUGGUCCUGACCCUGUGGAGCUGUAAGAUGAUUCCUCUCCCCGGAACGAGCAUUCAGGUCCUCAGCAGGCACGUGCGCCUCUGUGUGUUCGACGGUAACAGGGUCCUGAGCAACAUUCAUACAGUCCGAGCCACGUGGCAACCUAAAAAGCCCAAAACAUGGGCUUUUUCUCCCCAGGUUACUGGCAUCUUGCCCUGCUUGCUCGAUGGUGAUUGUUUCAUCAGGUCCAAUUCUUCAUCUCCAGACCUCAGAAUAUUGUUUGAACUUGGAAUUUCUUAUAUUCGUAAUUCAACUGGUGAACGAGGAGAGUUAAGUUGUGGCUGGGCAUUUCUGAAGCUGUUCGAUGCCAGCGGUGUUCCUAUUCCAGCCAAAACUUACGAGCUCUUGUUGAACGGUGGGACUCCCUACGAGAAAGGCGUGGAAGUGGACCCUUCUGUGUCCAGGAGAGCACACAGCAGUGUUUUCCAUCAGAUGCUGACCAUGAGAAGGCAGCCUCAACUUCUGAUAAAACUGAGGUCUCUGAACCAAAGAACAAGAAACAUGCUAAGUCUCCUGCCAGAAACAUUGAUUGGAAGUAUGAGCUGUUCUCACUUGUUGGUAUUUUAUCGUCAAAUUCUUGGAGAUGUGCUGCUGAAAGACAGGAUGAACUCACAAAGUACUGAUCUAAUCAGUCACCCGAUGCUAGCCUCCUUCCCCAAGCUCUUCGAGCAGCCCGAGGUGAUGGAUGCUCUGCGGAGUUCGUGGGCUGAGAAAGAAAGCACACUGAAAAGAUCAGAGAAGAGAGACAGGGAGCUCCUGAAGGCCAGCUUCCUCCUGGUCUACCAUGACUGCGUGCUCCCGCUGCUGCACUCCACUCUCCUGCCCCCCUUCAAGUGGGCCGAAGAGGAGACCGAGGCUGCACGGUGGAAAAUCAUCGCUGACUUCCUCAAGCAAACCCAUGAGAAUGAGGGUGCCCUUCAGGCUCUGCUGUCGCAGGAUGGGGUCCACAAGCCUUUCGACCUCUUGGAGCAGGCCUACGACUUCCUGGAUGUGGGAAGGAAGAGGGCCAGCUAAGGGGAGCAGCCUGCCCCUCAGUGUCCACAGCUCUGGUGACCUACUGGGGGAUGCAAACCAAGUGACUGAACCCGAAGUAACUGACCCAUCCUGAUUGAGAGCCUGCUUUUUUUUUUGGUACAGGUUAUAUUUUUUAAAAAACAUUUAUCCAAUAAUAUAAAUGUUUUUUAAAAAUAAAAUAAAUUUAAUAAAGAAUACUGUUAUAUCUUAAUUUGAAGACAUUUUUUAAAAAACCAACUAAGUUUUAAGUUGAUAGUAUAGAUUUCUAUAAAAGCAAGAUCUUAUCAAAAGCUAAAUUUAUGAUUAUUCAGAAAAGUGAAAUAACAAUCCACAAGGUAAAAGGUAUUUCCAAAUCAUAUAUCUGAUAAGAAUUUCAUAUCCAGAAUAUAUAAAUUUAUAAGGUCUGCUAAUAAAAUUUAUCUUCUCAUUUGUUAAUCACUUGA